CUGACGAUCUCAUCAUGGUAGAAUACGACCGUUGAGGCGUUAAUUAUUUUAAAAUAAAUUUAACUAACAUUAAAUAAAAAAUCUUAUGUUAAAAGCAUUCCGGGCAAUUCCGGGCAAUCCUGGGCAAAUCCUGGGUAUAGAAUGCAGCGAAUGCAUCUCCUUGGUUUUCACUUUGUAGGUUGUUUGGGUAUUUGCACAGCCAACCGUUGCUAUGCAACAGCAUUAAAUGAUUAUAUUUCGGUAAUGAGUUUCAAAUUGGGGUAAUUUUAUUUAAUUUCGUUAAAUUAUCACAGUGAAUCACCAUGACUCCUAAAGAACAAGGUGGUAAAGUUAAGCAAGUGAGAAAUAAAAAGCUCCUUCCUGAUCUGAGGAAGGAGGGCGUGCUCACCAAAGAAAUAAUCCUUGCUACAAAAGAAAAGCACCAAGGUUCGACUGGAUAUCGGUUGUUCUCUCACCACACACUCGCUAGUGUAAGAAAAAUGAGCUACUUCCACCCGUUCGCCAUUCCAGACGACAGUCUAGACAUAGUGCUAGCGGCCACAUACAACCAUUCAACGGAACGAUUCGCAGACAAGGAGGACCUAUACCUCCAGCCGGAGACCAUCGGCUGCGACACCUGGCGGAGGCUGAGGAACACGUGCGAUAAACGUACUGCUGUGGUUCUAGAUCACCCGCUAAAACGCGGCGGGCUGACCGAACGGCGGUCGCCAUUCAGCGUGAAGCUCAUGAAUUCCGGCGUGCACUCGUCGCAGACCAACCCCGGCUACAGCCGCAAGCCGGCCGGCGGCGCCAUUUUCUUCUACUAAUAAAGAUAAAACGCGGCGGCGGGCUGAGGCAAGUGACGCAGCGGCGGUCGCCAUUCAGCGUGAAGUGAAGCUCAUGAACGGCGUGCACUCCUCGCAGACCAACCCCGGCUACAGGGCUACAGCCGCAAGCCGGUCGGCGGCAAAAGUACCUUAUUCUGGUAUGACCCAUGCAUAAAUAAAAAACUUGAGCAAAUACUUCUUCUAUUGUACAUAUAUUCUGGCAACCCAGAAAAAGGCGCGAAUUUCAAAAGUGGUCGAACUCAGGGAAUUUUGCUUCAACGCAAAAAUUCCUAAUUAUUUAAUCAUAAAUAAAUUAAAUCAUGGCUUCCAGUCGGAAGCUAAAAUAUCUGUAGUUUUUCAGAUUAGGUCAUAACUUGUUUAAAUUAUUUGGUGCUGUAAGAUAAGAUAAUAAAGACUUGCAAUUUUUUGCAUUAUGCUUUGAAGUAUGUCCUAAUCAACCUUGUGUGCUAAUGCUAACUAUUCUUUGUAAAUAUUGUAACCAUUACUUGUUUUCAUAUCUAAUUAUAGUUAUUAAAAAUGUUAUUAUUGUCCCUUAUCAAACAAUAAAUCAUUAGGAGAGAAAAUAAGUUGGUUUGCUUCAAAUAAAUGUUUUGUUUUCUGUAA